CAGGUGAACUGGACGGAAUAUUUCCUUCUUGUAGCACCAGCAAAAGUUCAUGAUUACAUACGAAGUGAUCCACCGGUUUCGCGUCCUAGUGACGAGUACAUGAAGAGAAUGGACGAACUCCUCAACAGAACGUCACCACGUACUAUUACCAAUUAUGUGAUUGUUCAGUAUAUUCUGGCAUGGUUACCACUACUGGGAAAAAGUUAUUACUCACUGGUGCAAGUGUGA